AUGCCCCAAGCUGCCACCGAAGCCUACGCAGUCACAGUCGCAGUCGCAGUCGCGCCUCCGGAGCCCUCCAACGACAAGCCUGUUCUAGCGCCGUGCCACUUGGCCGACUCCGAGGCGGCUGAUGCAAUGGCCUCCUCCGUCACAACCAUCAAAGCUCCCACGCCAACAUCGCAUCAUGAGCACGCGGCUCACCAUCUCGCCGCUGUACAGCCCUCGUAUGUCGACCCGACGCCCGCUACCCCCAUGAUUUCACAGCCUCCUUCCCGAAGCCCAUCCUCCGCCGCGAGGUCUCACAGGUCGGGCGAUCCUUCGCCUUCACGAUCAGAUGUAGAAGAGGACAAAAGCUACGCUAGCGAGGACGAGCAGGAUGGCGGCUCCAGAUCCGAGAUCCAGAGCAUAAUGGAGCAGUUUAGCGAGGAAGGAGGCGGUCCGGGCGCAGACGAAGUCAUGAGCCCCAGAUUGGAGAUUGCUUCGCCCAUGUUUGCCGCACCUGUUCAGCACCCCCCCAGGAAAUCCAGCCUGGAGCCUAGUUCACAGUCGUUAUCGAAACAAGUCUCGGAAUUCUCCUCCUUGCGGGUAGCCACAUCAUCGCCGUCUAGCGAGCGAGGCGAUCGAUCCAACGAGCGGGGCCUGCAAGAUCAGGGACCCCCCGUGCCCCCCAAAGAUUCGGUUUUUGCGAAUCGUCCGAGGUCGACGGAAGAUGGGCACCCGCCUAGUGUCACGUCGCUGCCGUCGCCGCAACUUGCCAAACACAGGCCGCCCCCGCCCGAGCCCGAACCCGAGCCAAGUCUCCCUUUUGGCUUUCACAGGUUCCUGGAGCAGCUGCGGAACAAAAAGGCCGAUCCGGUCGCCAGGUAUCUCAAGUCGUUCCUGUCCGAGUUUGGCAAGAAGCAGUGGAUGGUUCACGAGCAGGUCAAGAUCAUAGGGGACUUUCUGGCCUUCAUCGCCAACAAGAUGGUGCUGUGCGAUGUCUGGAAGGACGUGUCGGACGCCGAGUUUGACAAUGCCCGCGAGGGCAUGGAAAAGCUGGUCAUGAACCGCCUGUAUGCCCAGACCUUCUCCCCGGCAAUCCCUUGCCCCAAGCCCAUCCCUGGCGCCAAGCCGAAAAGGAGGGGGGCCGAUGCCUCCCUGGGGCCUGGCCGCAGGGGCCAGCACCAGGAAGACGUCGAGAGAGACGAGAUUUUGACGCAAAAGAUCAACAUUUACGGAUGGGUGAAGCUGGAGCAUCUGGACGUCCCAGCCGUCGGGGACAGCGGCCGCAGGUUUCUGAAGCUCGCUCAGCAAGAGCUCUUAAAGAUCAAAUCGUAUCGAGCACCGCGUGACAAGAUCAUCUGCGUCUUGAACUGCUCCAAAGUCAUCUUUGGCUUGUUGAAGCACAAUAAAUCCGACUCGUCCGCGGACUCAUUCAUGCCGCUGCUGAUUUACGUCGUCUUGCAGUGCAACCCCGAACAUCUGGUCUCCAACGUGCAGUAUAUUUUGCGUUUUAGAAAUCAGGAGAAGCUCGGCGGCGAGGCCGGUUACUAUCUCUCGUCCUUGAUGGGAGCCGUCCAGUUCAUCGAAAACAUGGAUCGGUCGUCCUUGACGAUUUCCGACGACGAGUUCGAGAAAAACGUAGAAGCUGCCGUCUCAGCAAUCGCCGAGAAGCACCAGACCGCAUCGCCCGACCACCAGCAUCAAACCGUGUUCAGCGAAAAGACGGGGCUGCAUUUCCCCGGCGAACCAAGCGCUCGUCGCCGGUCAACCGACGCGGCCGAAGGCUCGACCCCGAGACGCGCGACUUCCCCCUAUGAGGGAGAGUCGCAAGACGGCGCCGCCAUCACCGGGCUGCUCCGCACGAUCCAGAAACCGCUCAGCACCAUAGGCAGGAUGUUUUCGGACGAAGCGAACCCCUUGUCGUCUGCCGCGGCAAGCGCGCCCCGAUCCCAAGGUUUCCAAGAUCGGCAAUUACCUCGGCCGCCGUAUCUGGACGCGCCGCCCUCUCCGCGGGUACUUCUGCCGCCGCCGCCGCCGCCGCCGCCGCCGCAGCAGCAGCAGCAGUCAAGCUCGGAAACACUGGCGAGACGCGCCUUGCCGGCCGAAGAAGCCGCCGCCAGACAGGCAAGUGCAGAAGCCGCAGAGGCCCGGCGACUACACCGAGCCGAGCACACCAAUGUGGUGGAGACAUUGGCAGGCAUGUUUCCCGACCUCGACAGAGACGUCAUCAGCGAUGUGGUGUACCAGAAGCAAGGAAGGGUUGGGCUGGCGGUAGAUGCUUGUCUGGCGCUAUCUUCAUAG